AUGGCGGAAACAACGCAAUCCCAGCGUCUACUGAAUAAAGUUUGUAUCGUGACCGGAUCCUCUUCUGGACUUGGUCGAGCUAUUUCUUUGGCAUAUGCUCGGGAGGGUGCAUUUCUUGCUUGCGUUGAUUUGAGACCCGAUGCUCGGCAAGAAGUACAAGCUGAACGGGCGAUCGAUACUGAUGCGCUAAUUCGGCAGAACGGGGGACGGUCCGUAUACAUUAAGGCAGAUGUGAGCGAUGCCCAUGAAGUAGAGGCAAUGGUAAAGGCGGUGGUUGCAGAAUAUGGUCACAUUGACGUAUUGGUCAACAACGCCGGUAUUUCCAUCGAAGCUGGAAAGAAAGCUCUCAAGAUUCACGAAACGCCGGAGCAGUGGUGGGAUUUGACAAUGGCAGUCAAUACAAAAUCAGUCUUUCUGGUUAGCAAGUAUGUUAUCGGUCAAAUGCUGUCCCAAGACAAGCUCGUUUCGGGAGACCGUGGCUGGAUUAUCAACAUAUCUUCUAUAUUUGGUCUAGUCGGUGGUGGAUAUAUACCAUGCUACGCAGCUUCCAAAGGAGCGGUGGCAAAUUUAACAAAGCAGAUUGCGAUGGAUUAUGCUGAAGAUGGUAUUCAUUGCAAUGCUAUUUGCCCUGGAUACACUGCAACAGCAAUAUUUGUUAAUACCACCCAGAUUCACGAUGCUGAGGAGAUUAGGCGGCGCCACCCGUUGCAUGGAAUCGGUAUGCCAGAUGAUAUAACUGGGGCUGCUGUGUUCCUCGCAAGCAGUGAGGCUAGAUGGAUUACAGGUGCUAUGUUACCAGUCGAUGGAGGAUUCACGGCGCAAUAA